AUGGUGCUUGCCCAGGUGCAAUACGCACUAUAUGCUGCAGUGGAAACAUGUAUCAGGAUGGAUGAGAUGCUUUACUUAAAACAUUUUAGAGGAACUUCUCGUGAGUCCUUUUGGAAAAUGGAUUUCUUGUUUUGGUCGUUAGAAUCACUUAUCAUGUGGUAUAGUGAAUUUGACAUCGACGUGUUUGGAGUUUUUGUGAAGAAAAUUGAGUUUGGAAAUCUAGAGCACUUGAGAGCACAUUUUAGUUUCCUGUGCCAACAGAUUUACAUUGCUUUUCCUGUCUACUGGGCUGAUAAACGAGCCAAACCGCUUGAGUUUGAGCUCUCGUUAAAAAGAUUGUUUGAGACCGCCAGAGGUGGUGGUGGUGAUUGUGGGGUGAAGGCUUCUAAUCUCCGCUUUUAUAUUCUCCACAACCCCAACCCGAAACCCUGGAAUUUCCGAAAAGAGCCACCAAUGGCGAGUGCAGUCGUCGGAGUUAUCUUCGAUGCCUUAUGCGGCGAACUAGUGAAUGCCAUCAAGGAAGUAAGGGCCAAAUCCAAAGAAUUCAAACCCCUUUUGAGACAACUCGAAUCAACCCUAGACCGGAUGACCCCAACAUUCGAAGACAUCGAGAGUCUGAACCGGGCCGUCCACCGGCCCGAAACGGAGUACGCGGUUUUCGCCGACCAACUCAACGAAGGGAAGAGCCUCGUGCUGAAGUGCGCCAGGGUGCGCUGGUGGAACAAGAGCUCGUACGCGAAGAAGCUGAUCGAGUACGACAGAUCGCUCACGAGGUUCUUCCAGAUCGACGUGACGGCGCAGAUUCUGCAUAGCGUGCGUCGGGUGGAGGGGAAUCUGGCUGGGGAGGGGCCGAUGGCAGAGAUAUUCAUGGAUGUCCCUGAAACUGAAGAACCUGCUCCCUCUGGUGGUGUCGCUGAACAUCCCCUUGAUUUCCUUCGAAAUAGCCCACAGUUCCUAGCCUUGCGUCCACUGUUGCAAUCGAAUCCCCAUAUUUUACAGCGCAUGCGUCAGGGACUAGGAAAAAAACACCCCCAUAUUUCAAGACAUAUUGAAGAGCACGAAGCUGAGUUUCAUCAAUUGAUAAAUGCGCCUGUGGACGGUUCAGAUGGGGAUUUAUCUGAUCAACCUGAGCAGGAGAUGCCUCAUGCUAUUAAUGUCUCACUAGCAAAGCAGGAGACGCCUCAUACUAUUAGUGUCAUACUAGCAGAGCAGGAGGCCAUAGAACGACUUGAGGAAAUGGGAUUCGAUGGUGACCUUGUCAUCGAGGCAUUUUUGGCCUGUGACGGCAAUGAAGAACUGGCAGUGAACUAUCUAUUGGAGGAUGCUGGAUAUUUUGAGGAUUAAUGGUACAUCUUAACCGGAAACUUUGGAAAUGUUACUUGUUUUUUACCUUUUUCAUCUCUACAUAUGAUCGGCUAUGUUUGGUAACAUUGCCACUUUUUUGUUUCCUAUUUCCUAUUUGUUAAAAUCAGUUUCUACUUUUCCUAAAAAAAAGUGAAAGCGAAAAACAUGUUUGUGUCAACUUGUUUUCCAAAAAAAAAAAAAAAACAAAAAACAAAAUACAUGAACAUGGUUGACAUGAAUAAAAGAAGACUUCCAUUGC